CAGAAGUGUCCCCAGAACUUGGCAGAGCCCGCAACGGUGCCAUGUCUGCCCUGAGCGUCACAGUGGCCCUGCUGGUGUGGAUGGCCAGCCUGCUGGUCUUCUCCAUCUGGAAGCAGGUCUACAGCAGCCGGAAACUGCCCCCCGGUCCCUUCCCACUGCCCAUAAUUGGCAACAUGUUCCAGAUUGAAAUCAGUAAUAUGCCCAAAUCCUUCAGCAAGAUGGCAGAGCAGUAUGGGCCAGUGUUUACCUUGCACCUGGGCUCCUUUCGCAUAGUGGUCCUGCAUGGCUACCAGGCUGUGAGGGAGGCGCUGCUACAACACAAGGACCACUUUUCCGGCCGAGCGGAAUUCUUCAUGAUGCAUCAGCACAAGGACAAAGGUAUAAUUUUCAAUGAUGGCCCGACCUGGAAGGACAUCCGGCGGUUUUCCCUGACGACCCUGCGUGACUUCGGGAUGGGGAAGGAGGGCAACGAGCACCGGAUCCAGAAGGAGGCCCAGUUCCUGCUGGAGGCGCUCCGGCAGACCCAGGGCCAGCCUUUCAACCCUACCUUCCUCCUCGACUGCGCCCCCUUCAACGUCAUUUCUGACAUCCUAUUCCGCCAGCGCUUUGGCUACCGCGACGAGUUGGGCCUGAGGCUGCGGCGUCUGCUCCACGAGAACUUCUAUCUGCUGAGCACCGCCUGGCUGCAGAUUUAUAAUAUUUUUCCAACCUAUGUACACUACCUGCCUGGAAGCCAUAGAAAAGUAAUGAAAACUGUGUCUGAAAUAAAAAACUAUGUUUUAGAAAGAGUGAAGGAGCACCAUAAGUCACUGGACCCCAACUGCCCCCAAGACUUCAUCGAUUGCCUGCUCAUAGAGAUGGAGAAGGAAAAACACAGUGCAGAGCCUGUGUACACCUUGGACAGCAUUGCUGUGACCGUGGCCGACCUUUUGUUUGCGGGGACAGUGACCACCAGCACCACUCUGAGAUACGGGCUCCUGAUUCUCAUGAAGUACCCAGAUGUCGCAGAGAAACUUCACGAGGAAAUUGAUAGGGUGAUUGGGCCAAGCCGCCUCCCUGCCAUCAAGGACAGGCUGGAGAUGCCCUACAUGGAUGCCGUGGUGCAUGAGAUUAUGCGGUUCAUCAACCUCGUGCCUUUGAACGUGUACCACAAAGCCACCCGUGACACGGUGUUCAGAGGAUACGAGAUCCCCAAGGGCACAAUCAUAAUUCCGACACUGGACUCCCUCUUGUAUGACAAACAAGAAUUCCCUGAUCCAGAGCAGUUUAAGCCAGAGCACUUUCUGAAUGAAAAUGGAAAGUUCAAGUACAGUGACCAUUUCAAGGCAUUUUCCGCAGGAAAGCGGGUGUGUGUUGGAGAAGGCCUGGCUCGCAUGGAGUUGUUCCUGUUCUUGACCGCCAUGUUGCAGCACUUCCGCUUGAAGUCUCUUGUUGACCCGAAGGAUAUUGACCUCAGCCCUAUCGUGAACGGGUUUGGCAGCAUUCCACCCCAAUACGAAUUCUGUGUCAUUCCCCGUUCAUGAGUGGGAGGCCCGUGCACUCUGAAGGUGGUCAAAUGGGCAUGCCAGAAGCCGCUUGCUUUGUGCAGAGUACGAGGCUGAGCAGGUUAUGUAUGCAAAGUGCGACACACUGAAAGCUGUGUGCAUGUCCUGAAUAAAACGAGUCAUAUUUCAAAGCCA